AAAGUUAAUUAUAAUAAUGGUAGAUAAUAAAGUGAAUGUUGGUGUUGUUGGUUUCGGCAUGUCUGCCCGCGUUUUCCAUUGCCCUUUAAUCUCGUCCUCUCCAUACAUGCACUUGGCUGCUGUUGUUGAACGUAAUAGCACCAAAUCCAAGGACAUGUACCCUUGGGUCAAUGUUGUUAGAAGUACAGAGGAUCUUUUCUCCGACCCAGAAAUUGAUUUGGUUGUUAUCACCACACCUAAUGGAUCCCAUUAUUCUUUAGCUCUUGAAGCCAUGAAGAAUGGAAAAAAUGUUGUUGUUGAAAAGCCUUUUACUAUUACCUCAGCCGAGUCUGCCGAAUUAGCCAAGGUUGCCAAAGAGACAAGACUUAUUUGUAGUGUAUAUCAAAAUCGUCGCUGGGAUGGUGAUUUCUUGACUGUUAAAAAAUUAUUGAAGGGUGGACACUUGGGUCGCCUGGUGGAGUUUGAAUCGCAUUUCGACCGUUUCCGUAAUUUUGUUAAGGCCGGCUGGAGAGAACAAAACGAUGCACCCGGUUCCGGUAUGCUUUAUGAUCUUGGGGCUCAUUUAAUUGAUCAAGCUCUCGCUGCUUUUGGUAUGCCUGACACUGUGUAUGCAACUGUCAGUAAUCAAAGACAAUUACAAGAAACAGAUAUUGCUGAUGAUUUCACUAUUAUUUUGGGCUAUAAAAACGCAUUCAAGGCCAUUCUUCGAUCCAGUAUGUUGGCUCGUCAUGCUCCCGUCUUGCGUUUCAAUCUUCGCGGUAUGAAUGGUACUUACCGUAAGGAGCAUUUGGAUGUUCAAGAAGAUCAAUUAAAAGCUGGUCUCGUUCCUUCUGAUGCUAACUACGGUGUCGAGUCAAGUGAUCGUUAUGGUUGUAUUAAUACCGACAUCGAUGGGCUUCAUAUUACCGGUAAAGUAGAUACCGAGAAGGGAGAUUAUUUAUCUUUCUAUAAUAAUGUUGCACAAUCUAUCAUUGCAAAGGAUCCUUCAAACUUGAUUGUCAAACCCGAAGAUGGUUAUAACUGUAUUCGUGUGAUUGAACUUGCACAACAAAGUAGCGAUGAAGGAAGAGUGAUCACUCUUUAGUGUAUUAGUCUAAAUGUACCAUAAUACCAUAGUUAUUUUUUAGUUUUUGUAAUAAAGCCCGUCUCAUACAAUGUUUAAAGUAAAACUUAAA